ACAUCGAAUUUCCGCUACGCGGCGCUCCCAUCGUCAUCGAGAAAUAUCUCGCCGUGUCUUCAAUUGUUUUUGUUGAGAUUCGUUUAAACGUCGCGAGCACGUCGAUCGGCGUGUGCGAUGACUGUUUUCGGUUGUCUUCUUCGGAGUACAACCGUAGGAACGUUGCAGAUCCUUCAGUCUCAACCGACUUAUCUUCGUAAGAGCUUAGAAGUAUUCUUACGAAAUGCAUCGAGCUUCGUUCCAAAGAAAGUUCUCAUCGUUGCUAAAUUGACUCGAUAUUAUUUUGAAAAAUUACGCGAACCCAGUUUAAAUGAAGAACAAUUUAAAAAUAAAUUGUUGGAGAAAGGCUCCGAUUAUGAUUUAUUGUUCGACACUUAUCGUGCGACUAAAGAUAUUGAAAAUGAGGUAACGAGGAUACUUAACAAACUUAACAUUGAAUACAAGAAAGUCGAUAGGAGCACCAUUAACAGUACCGACGUUACGUGGGCUGACUUAGUUCUCCCUAUCGGCGGCGAUGGUACUUUUCUUUUAGCCGCCAACUUAAUAUUCGACGAUAAAACGCCUAUACUAGGCAUUAAUUCUUAUCCUCGCCAUUCGGCGGGUUUCUUGAUGUUGCCGUCUUAUUAUACGAAUCAUAUACCUCGAAUCUUUGAAUUAUUAAAAGCAGGACAAUACAAUAUACUUAUGAGAUCUAGAAUUAGAAUUACUUUGAAAGGAGAAGGAAUUUGGGAUCCACCUUUCCACAUGCACGAAGAAAAGAAUUUUCUUGGGGUGGAAAGAUUCUUUUCCCAUGGACAACUUAAACCAACUAAUGAGAAUCAGUUAAACGAAAGAGUAUUGCCAUGGCUAGCACUAAAUGAAGCGUUCGUGGCCGAAGUGUUUGCAGCAAAGAUGAGCAAUUUGUUAAUCAAAUUUGACGACGAAGAAAAUUUCCAUAGAAUUAAAAGUUCUGGUAUUUGCAUAAGUACAGGCACAGGGUCGACGUCUUGGUAUAAGGCUAUAAAUAGUAUUCACCCACAGCUCGUGCGUCAAAUAGUUAGUUUAUUAAAUGGUCGGACGAAUUUUACAAACACUGAUAUAGAUAAAAUAUGUUCCAAGUUUAAUCAUAGCUUACAUUUUAGUCCAGAAGCACAAAAUAUUUGUUAUGCUAUACGAGAUUUAAACGUAACAAAGGUACUUCAAGCCCAAAAGAGCUUGGAGCGAUUCAAUUUUUGUAAAAAGUUAACGAUAAGAUCUUUGUGCAUGAAUGGAGGAUUGGUAUUAGACGGUGGUAUUGCGAUACAGUUCAAUUUAGGUACAACGGCAGAAUUUAAGAUAGAUCCGGAAGGUGCACUGCGAAGUAUUAUUCUUCUCUGAUCGUACGUGAAGAUAUAAAAAAGAUUCGACUGUAAUCAAACAGCACGAUCAGUGAAUUUAAAAAUAAUAAUAACAUAUAAGAGAGAAUUGGCGCGGGGAAAGACGGUUACACAAAUUUUUAUGAAAGAUAGCAUCAGUCGUAUCUUUCGUUACGAAUAUUUAAUUUUUUGCAGCAUUUAAAAAAUAACCAUUCUCUCCGUUAAUCUUGAAGACAGUUUAAAAACUUUGGAGGUUGCAUUUAAUCUAUUUUACGUCCAUAUGUUUCUUAAAAAGGGACACCGACAGUAAUUUAAUCACGUAUGUAUAAAUGUAAACAAUUAUAAGAAUAUUAAAUAUAUUUUCCUAAGA